CGGUCCCUUACUAUGCUAUGGAAAACUUCCUGUUUAGUUUAACAGCAACGUGUUAUGGGACUGUGAUGUAAUCGGAGUGCGCCGUACAGCUCAUGAUGACAGCCCCUAAACCUUCCUACAGCUGUGCCUGCUUUUAUACUGAUAAUAUAUUUAUACAAGAAUUCCACGUACACGUAAGAUACACAGGCGAGCAGCAGUUCAGAAGGGACUAUGAGAGGGUGCUGUCCAGUCAGGGGUGCAGGACUUCAGAGCAGUUCAGAAAUGUCCUGGAAACAAUUAAAAAGGAAGUGGAAAGAAGGAGGAAGUUGGGAGAGGAGUCAUUGCACAGGAGAAGAGAAAUUUCACUCCACUACAAGCCAUUGUACCCUGAAGUUUAUGUGCUGCAGUGGACAUGCACACCCAUGUGAAGAAACAGGAAAAAGAUAACUCCUUGGUGCUGACUGAAAAGUCCCCUAGGCCACUGCAGUUUUCUGCUAACAGGAGCACCAGCCCAGGGUACCAGGAGUCCUUUUUAGCAGCAGAGUUUUUAACAGCAGUCAAAUACAGCAAGUCUCCCCAGGCUAAUGUAGAGGGGCUCUUACACCAUCUUCACUCUAUAACAGAUAAAAGGAUCUAUCGGCUUCCAGUAUUUAUUCCAGAAUUUUGUGCAAAGCUUGUAGAAGAGCUUGAGAACUUUGAAAGAUCUGACUUGCCAAAGGGGCGUCCAAACACAAUGAACAACUAUGGGAUCCUCCUGAAUGAGCUUGGUUUUGUAGAUGCAUUGACUGCCCCUCUGUGUGAGAAGUAUAUUGAGCCUCUUACCUCUUUGCUGUUUCCAGACUGGGGUGGAGGCUGCCUGGACAGCCACAGGGCAUUUGUAGUAAAAUAUGCUUUACAGGAAGACCUGGAUUUAAGUUGCCACUAUGACAAUGCAGAGGUCACUUUAAAUGUUUCUCUGGGAAAAGAGUUUACAGAUGGAAAUCUGUAUUUUUCAGACAUGAAAGAGGUCCCAGUCAAUGAGAGGACAUAUGCAGAGGUUGAACACAUUACAGGCCAGGGCAUAUUGCACCGAGGACAGCAUGUUCAUGGAGCUCUUCCCAUUUCCUCAGGAGAAAGGUGGAAUCUGAUCCUAUGGAUGAGAGCUUCAGAUGUUCGCAAUAAAUGCUGCCCUAUGUGUGACAAUGAGCCUGUGCUCGUGAAGACCCUUGGUGAUGGAGACGGAUUCACUUCAGUUAGAGAAGACAGGGAACAGACUGUGGAUAUUUGCACUUUAACCUAGAAACAAAUCUGUUAUUGGAAACUUUUUAAUGACUAAGACGCAAUUUGAUUUUGAUUGAAAACAUAUAACAAAGAAAGAAAAUCUAUGAGCCUAGUUAUCUUAUGUUGUGGCUGAGUGGGAGGAAUAAACAUAAAGAAUACAUGCUGUAGGGCUAUGGUUCCAACACCCACAUACUGGGGGUAGAAGGAAGAGCCCUGUCAGACUUUCUGCAGCAGUUCUGACCUAAGAGCGAUGGGGGGCACUUUAAUCACUUUUAAUUUGUCUGGAAUAAAUGUCUGUUACUGA